UGCGCCAUGUCCUCCUCCCGCCUUCUCAAGAAGCCACAUCAGUGCCACAGCGUGGCACGUGUACCCACGUCCACUGCCCAAGCAAAGACAGAGAGGUCACUGAGUGUAAGGACCCGAAGAGAGUGUUGGAGUGUCUCAAGAAGGCUGGUCGCAUAGCUCCGCAGUGUAUGGACACCUCAGUCCAGGUCCAGCUACUGGUGGAACUCCUCAACACUUACAUGCUCUUCUACGAGAAGGGAAAUGAGCAGGCUCUGCCAGUGAUCAAGGGUCUCUGGACAAGCUGCGAGGCAGUGUCAAGGAGCUGGAGGGAGAGGAGUCGGAGGAUGGGAUCCAACAGCACUACCAGAACACUCUGGAACAUCUAUUGAAGAAUAAUGAUACACUGUGUUUGUUCUACCUAAUGCCGACUUGGCAUGCUUUGUGUGUGUAGUGACCACAGUUAACAUAGUCAUAGCUAGGGCAAGCCUGGCAGGAGACAGCAUGGCAAAGCUCUGUCUGUUGGUGGUAGUUUUACUGGUAGCAGGAGUUAGCUCUCAGUCCUACCCUCGAUUUGAGUUCAGAGGAGAUGUUAUGGUAAGCAACUCUUUCAUAGUUCGUUGAAGAGGAGGUAGAGGACUGGGGGGAACAUGAUACCAUCAGAGAGCCCGUCAUGCCUGGCAGUGAUGAUGAAUUCAGUGACAUUGAAGAGAUGCUGGCUGAAGAGGAGGAAGACAAUCAUGAAAGAGUAGAGACAGAGAUAGUGCAAGAGGUGCAGAGAGAGGAUGGAGAGGAGAGCGAGAGCGUGUGCAUGGAGGGAGAUAACAUGGGAACAUUGGCAGAAGAACUGCACGUUAUGGUCCAGUAAACAUUGGAGAAGGCCACAAUGACUCACUGCAUUGUGUGACUGACAACUCAGAGUGUUGUAGCAAUGGACAAGGUGACAGGUAUGAUGAGAGGGGGAGACAAGUCCAGCAGGGAUCAGAUGGAAACAAUGCCAUGUAUGUCACUAGAGGAGAAGGAGUGGUCUAUCUCAAUCGUAGAACAGGAGGAUGUUCAGGAAUGUGGAGAUGUGAUAUACCUGAUAGUAAUGGUGUACUGCAGAGUAUCUACAUCUACCUUGGGACUCCAGACGCAGGUGAAUUGAGGACAGCAGUCAUGUACUUCACUCUGGACUCAGAGGCAAAUGAGGAUCCUCCUGAGUUCACUCUCACAUGUCAGAGUAAGGGAGGACCAGUCACAGUGGUGGUGUGGUGGAGGAAUGGAUCAAUAGUAGAGGAAGACAGUAACCACACCACCAGUCAGAUCAUAGUGGACACAUCAAGCAACACUGUCUAUCAUAACACUCUGAGGGUCAAGGGAAGAGAGACAACUGUAAACAUACACAUGUACUGUGAGCAACAACAGACAUGAGUAUAUCCCAGGUGCCUUGCUUAGUCAGUCGGCACAGAUAUUUGUUCGAGCUGCCAUGGAACCUACAAGUGUCAGUGCUACCUACACCAGUAUCACCAGUAUCUCACUAGAGUGGACAUUUGCCAGUGCACCCAUCUAUGACUAUAGCUAUGUGGUCUACUAUGAGUCGGGAGGAGAGAGUCACAGUGUGUCCUUCACUGACAGUCGGAGACCCAGAGACAAUAGUCAUCUACUGACUGGUCUUCCAGUUGGAGGGAUCCACACUAUCUCUCUAGUGGCUCUGGUAGACCUUCCCAGUCCUGUGGCUGUCACUCCUGGUAUAGCUCGCUGAGUUUUUGUGCUUUAAAGAUAAAUUCCUUAUACAUUCAGUUUCACCGGAGGUGGUGGUGUCAGGAGAAGGGUCAGGAGUGGUAGGGACCUCAUACACACUGACAUGUAGAGUCAGUCUACCCAGUGGAGUGGAGCCAGACUCUCUUUGAUAUCAAGUGGCUGGGACCAUCCACUGAUGAACAAACUGUUGACACAACUGACAAUAGAGUGCUCACCAGUCAACUCUCUCUAGACCCACUAUCACUGGCUCAUAGAGGAGACCACAUCUGUACUGCCAGCUACACUGUGGAUGGAGGGACAACUGUUACAACAAGUGACACAGAAAGAGUUAUACCCAUUAUUGCACCUCCAUCUGUGAUGCUCAGAAUAAGUGAAGACACUAUCCUGGUAGGAGAAGAUGUGGUAGUAUAUUGUGAUAUUGAUCUGAUUGGAGUGGUGAGAGGAAGAGAUGUAGCAGUGGAGGUGACUUGGUUUCAAGAGGGAGUCCCAGUGAGACCUGACUCAAGACUCACCAUAUCUGGAGCCACUGGUGAUGUGGGUGGUGUACACAGUAGCCUCACAUUCAGUCCUGUCCACUUCUCUGACAUGGCCACAUACGAGUGUCGUGUUACCCUCACUUCUCUCCUGGGACCUGCUAGUCCUGUCUCCUCUUCUGCCUCCAUCUUUCUCAGUCAACCUGCCUCAUGUGAAACUGAAAGUAAUGAGUCAGCUUCAAUUGUUGGAGGUAUCCUCUCACUCGUCAUCAUCUUGAUCAUUGGAGUCUCUACAUUGGGGUUUGUCAUACUCAUUCUUAAGAUCGGACCCUCAAAUUAAUGCUCGAAAAACCAGGAGUGAGAGAAGGAGGUGAAGUGGAGAGUAAGAGUGUUCCCACUGCCACUAAUGCAGCCUAUGGAGUGGUGUCCCAUGACCAGAGUUCCAGUGGAGAUGUGGCCAUGUAUGAGAUAUCACAGUGUAAGGUUGUGAAAUUGACUUGUGUCUGUGCCAUGUCCUCCUCCCGCCUCCUCAAAAAUCCAGAUCAGUGCCACAGCGUGGCCACGUGUGCCCACGUCCACUGCCCAAGCAAAGACAGAGAGGUCACUGAGGGGCGUGCGGCCAUGCCACUGGAGGACGUGGUGGCUCUGUAUGCCUCACUGGUGAACCUGGCUCUCAAGUGCUACCCCAACAGACUGGACUAUGUGGACACCGCCCUCCUCUGUACCGUGGAGGUCUUCACCAAGAGAGAAGCCACCCCAGUGGAAAGUUCGUCGGUCACGUCCCGAGAGCUGAUUCGACUGCAGAAUGUCCCGGUCAAGACCUACGAGAGCACACUUGACAUCCUCAAACUAGACAACUUCCCCAAAGCAUUGGAGCUCCAUGACUAUCAGGGGCGCAAGUCUCUAGCUGUUAGUGUGGUGGGGACUGUAGUGAGCAAGUCUAUAUCCAUCCCUACGGCUGAUGAGGCGGAUGCUCUGUUCAAGCUGCUGUCCCCACUGGUGAAGGACCAGGCAGACCAGCCGGCCGAACCUCCCGAUCCGGACGACUUCGAGGAGGAGCAGAUGAUGAUGGCUUGUCUCGUGGACCUCUUCAGAGCCCCUGAACCUGACCAGCAGUACAUGAUACUGAAUGUAGCUCGGAAGCACUUUGGCACGGGAGGAGACAAGAGGAUUCGAUUCACUCUGCCUCCCCUGGUGUUUGCUGCCUACAAACUCAUCUCCCAGUACCACUCUCUCCGAGAACAGGACGACCGCUGGCUCAUGAAAUGUGAGCAGAUAUUCAAGUUCUGUUUCCAGACCAUCAAUGCUCUGGUCAAGAACCAGCCGGAGCUCUCUCUGAGACUCUUCCUCCAGGGCUCCAUGGUGGCCGACCGCAUCAGCAACGAGACCGUCACAUACGAGUUCUUCAGCCAGGCCUUCACUCUGUACGAAGAAGAGGUGACGGACUCCCGGGCCCAGCAGGCAGCCAUCACUCUAAUUAUCGCCACCCUGGAGCAGCUGUCCAGUCUGGGGGAGGAGAACCACGAGACGCUGCGCUCCAACUGCGCCAUGUCCUCCUCCCGCCUCCUCAAGAAGCCAGAUCAGUGCCGCAGCGUGGCCACGUGUGCUCACGUCUUCUGGUCCGGCCACUUCACCAGCGAAGACAGAGAGGUCACUGAGUGUAAGGACCCGAAGAGAGUGUUGGAGUGUCUCAAGAAGGCUGGUCGCAUAGCUCAGCAGUGUAUGGACACGUCAGUCCAGGCUCUGCCAGUGAUCAAGGGUCUACUGGACAAGGCUGCGAGGCCAGUGUCAAGGAGCUGACGGGAGAUGGAGUCGGAGGACUGGCGAUCAACAGCACUACAGAACACUCUGGAACAUAUAAGCUCACAUCCCACGCCAACGAUUAGUGGCCGUUGCAUGCAGAUGUCAGAGGUCUAGCAACAUAUGUACAGAUAUUAUGUAUUGCUCUUGCUGCUACAAACUUGUGUGCGUGUUUUGCCUUCUAUUGACGAAUAAUAUAC